GUUCUCUAGGCCUUUUAGAAAACAUGGAGUUGUUCCUUUGGCCACAUACAUGUGAAUCUACAAGAAAGGUGAUAUUGUAGAUAUCAAAGGAAUGGGCACUGUUCAAAAAGGAAUGCCCCACAAAUGUUACCAUGACAAAUCGGGGAGAGUCUACAAUGUUACCCAGCAUGCUGUUGGCAUCAUUGUAACCAAACAAGUUAAGGGCAAGAUUCUUGCCAAGAGAAUUAAUGUGCGUAUCGAGCAUAUUAAGCACUCUAAGAGCCGAGAUAUCUUCUUGAAACGGGUGAAGGAAAAUGAUCAGAAAAAGAAGCAAGCCAAAGAGAAAAGCACUUGGGUUCAACUGAAGCGUCAGCCUGCUCCACCCAGAGAAGCACACUUCAUGAGAACCAAUGGAAAGGAGCUGGAACUGUUGGAACCCAUUCCCUAUUAA